AAUUAUUUACUUCCUAUUUUCAAUGGUAUCCCCUUAGCAAAUGUUAAAAAGAGAAAAAAUGUUUGUUAUAAAAAUCGCUUUAUAAAGUGCGUGGCACUGAAGUACAAUAUAUAUGGAAUUAGUAUACUCAUAACAGUAGUAGACAAUAACAUAGCAAACAUUAUUCGUAGCGUUCACGUGCAUAUAUUGUCAACCAAAGCAGUGUGUGGUAUUAAUCGAGUGAGGUUAUAAAAAAAUUUAUACUGGUAUAGUGAAAUGGAUUCAGGACCAGCUCAAGAAAUUACUGAGCUUCUUAAACAAUGGGAAGAACAGCACACGUCUUCAAACUACGAUCCUAUUCCGACACUGACAAGGAUAGCGGAGAUUAUAGAGGCAGAGACGGAGAAUUUCAUGAAGAAGGACCCGGACCCCUUUGAUGAGAGGCAUCCGUCCCGGACCGACCCGGAGUGUGCCCUCGGACAUGCACUCAAAGUUAUGUUUAAAAAAGAUAAUUUUAUGACUAAGCUAGUAAACGACUAUCUUCGUGACACGUACUACUCCCGUCAGAACAUAACGGGUCAGGAUGUACACAAACUGAACGUAGCGGCCUGCAGGUUGACCCUCGACCUCAUGCCCGGCCUCGAGAUGAGUGUCGUGUUUCAGGACAAUGAAGCCCUCAUCCAUCGCCUGGUGAACUGGGCGACCAACUCUUCGGAACCCCUGCAGUGCUACGCCACAGGACUCCUGGCUGCGGCGAUGGAAGUCCAGGAAAUUGCGACCAAUUUUAGAGAUCUUAAUGCAAUGCUGGUGCCGCUGAUGCUGAAGAGGCUACACGACCUUAGAAAUAAGUCCCUCGAAGAAAAACCAAGCCAGAACCUGGUGACUCCGCCGAACCAGACGCGGCAUUUCGCCAGGUUUGACAGGAAGAGGAACACAGAUAGCGGUAAGACGAGCAACGGACCCACACCGGAAAAGAAAGACCGUUACAAAGAUGAUGGCGGAGGAGGUGACUCCUUCAUGGAAGACUCACCAGCCAAGGAUCCAGCUACACCGGUCAAGAAUAACAACUGUGGUGGCGAGUCCCCCCGCUGGCGCCUCAUGUCCCCCCCCGCGAGGCCCCCCGCACCCCCCACCCUCCACGAAACGUCCAGCAAUUCCAGUUGGGUUGAAAUGGAAACUUAUGUUAUAGGUAACAUACAAAUCCACCCGCCGACUGACGCGACCAAACAGAUGCUUAUAUUAAGAUAUCUGACGCCGAUGGGAGAGUAUCAGGAGUUCCUGUCACACGUCUUCGAGAAGAAUGCACUGGGCCUAAUCCUCGGAUAUCUGAACGUGAGAGAGUCCAGGGACUCGAGGCUGGCUUUCGAGGCGCUCAAGUACCUGGCAGCCCUGCUGUGCCACAAGAAGUUCUCAAUAGACUUCAUCAACAUGGGCGGGUUACAGAAGUUCCUAGAAGUGCCGCGGCCAUCGGUGGCUGCGACCGGCGUGUCCAUCUGUCUGUACUACUUGGCGUACUGUGAGGACGCUAUGGAGAGAGUUUGUCUCAUGCCGAGACACAUAUUAGCUGAUCUUGUGAAAUAUGCGUUAUGGCUGUUGGAGUGCUCCCAUGACUCGGGCCGGUGUCAUGCCACCAUGUUCUUCGGGCUGUCAUUCCAGUUCAGAGUCAUUCUCGAAGAGUUUGAUAAUCAGGAUGGACUCCGGAAGCUAUACAACGUCAUAUCAACUUUGCCCAUACUCGGCUCGGACGAGGAGGAGGCGCGCGUGUCCGACGACGAGACGUGUGCGGCACGACAGAUCGUACGACACGUGUGCGUAGCGCUCAGGAGAUACUUCGAAGCCCACCUACGUAUCAGGGCGGUUCAGGUCGCGUGGCAGCAGGGCGACAACCUGCCACUCCCCCCACCAUAUAAGGCGUCCAAGUCGUCUCCAGAGGAGCUGCAGGAACAGCUGGAGGCGGUGCAGGCGGCGGGCGUGUGCCGCUGGCCGCCCUGCGACGAGCUGCGGGACCUGGGCGGGGUCACGCUGCUGUUGCAGGUGGUGGGCUACGCUUACGAGUGGAACUUCAACGGACGCGCGGAGACGGUGCGGUCGGCGCUGGACGUGGUGUCCAUGUGCUGCGUGUCGCCCAGGGUGCAGCUGCUGUUGACGGAGAAGAUCGACAUGAGAGACGCGGACCUCACCACCGGCGUCCAUAUAGUGCUGGAGAAACUCAGAGGGGCGCUACCGGAUCUGAAUUCCAGGCAGAACGGUGCUGCCGACGGCGACAUAGUGCCGGAACCGGAAGUACAAAAGGCGGCCCUGAACGUCCUGGUGAACUGUGUCUGUGCGCCCGUUCACAGGGCAGGUCCGUCAACGAACCGCAUGUCGGUGACCGGCUCCACCAGGAAGAAGACGGCCGCCAAGUCCUACGAGGACGUGAUCCAGAAGGUGUGGGAGAGCGUGAGGACCAACAACGGCAUCAUGGUGUUGUUGUCUCUGAUGAUGGUGAAGUCCCCGAUAACGGACGCGGACCGUCUCCGAGGCCUGGCGUGCAGGGCGCUGGCCGGACUGGCGCGCUGCCCCACCGUCAGGCAGAUCAUAUCCAAGCUGCCGCUCUUCACCACCUCGCAUCUGCAAGUGUUAAUGCGUGAUCCCAUACUACAAGAAAAACGGCAGGAGCACGUGAUGUUCCAGAAAUACGCUCUGGAACUGCUGGAGAGGGUUUCCGGCAAGAGCAAACACAUGGGAGCCGACUUCGAGACGUCGCUGGCGAACAUACACAGGGCUAACGUAGUGGCCCAAACACGCAUCACGUACAACGAGCGUCAGCUGCUACAGUUGGUGGCGUCGCACCUGUGGAACCGGGGGCUCCGGGAGGCCGCGGGGGUGCUCCAGCGGGAGGCCCGCCUGCCGCCGCUCGCGGCCCCCGCGGUGCCCCCCACUCCGCCCCCACCACCCGUCUACACGCCGUCAACGCCUAUCAGGGCGCGCCUGUCCGUGUCGCGAACCAGCAGCUGCGGCUCGAUGCACCGCGACGUGGAGCACCCGCACACACACGCCACCACACACACAGACGACAGCCCCGCGCCCGCCGUCAUUAAACUCAGGAAAGUGCAGGCCGUCCACGCGCCCACGACGCCCACGUCGGAACACAAGCGCUCGCUACAGAAGCAGCUGACGAUGGGCGGCGGCGAGCGCGCGCCGUCCCCGCCGCGGGUCACGCUCCACUCCAUCAUCACGGAGUACCUUUACAACCAGCACGCGCUGUGCAAGAACCCCGUCGUUACUUGCCCGCAGUUUAAUUUACUUGAGCCUCACAAGUGUCCGGAGCCGUCUCCUCAGUCCCUGGUGUCGUGGUCUCGCCACGAGCAGGCCAACCUGGUGUCCCGCUUGGUGCGGCGCGAACUGGGCGCCACCUCGACGCGCGCCCACGCCAGACUUGCGCAUGCGCACUUCGCGCACGUGCGCACGCUCCGCCUCCAGGACGACGACGCCUACUUCACACACACUAUAUUCCAUCCGACGCAGCAGCAGCUGCUGACGGCGACGUCUUCCGGCGACAUCCGGAUAUUCAACCUGUUCACCGGCGUCGAGGAGAACUCCUACCAAGUCCACGAGUCCUAUAUUUACCACAUGCAGGCGAGUAGAGACGGCUCGCUGCUGCUGGCGUCGUCCACCACCUCCUGGCGGACUCUCUCCGCGCUCUGGAACAUGAAGGAGUUUGAGCAGUUAUUUCAAUUAGACAACGAGGAGUACGUGGAGUUCUCCAAGAUGUCUGACGAUAGGAUCAUAGGCACCAAGGGCGAGACGGCCAGCAUAUUCGACACGAGGACCGGCCUGGAGGUGAUGACCCUCACGCCGGCUAUAUCCAACCAGUACGCCAAGAACAGGGCGACCUUCAACCCCACGGACGAACUGGUGCUAUCCGAUGGCGUGCUCUGGGACGUGAACACAGGCAAGGAGAUACACAAGUUCGACAAAUUGAAUCAGACCCACAGCGGAGUGUUCCACCCCAACGGCCUGGAGGUGAUAUCAAACACUGAAGUGUGGGAUCUGAGAACCUUUCAUCUACUGAGAACCGUGCCGUCCUUGGACAAGUCAGAGGUGAUGUUCAGUCCGUCCUGCGGCGUGUUGUACGCGGUUUGCUCCGACCAGGACUCGGAGGAGAGGAGCCAGUUCGACACCAGCUUCAAAACCCUGGACCCCUACGACUACUCCAGCAUAGCAACGAUCGACGUGAAACGUAACAUCUACUCGCUGGGCGUGUCGCGCUACGGGACACAGAUAGCGCUCGUGGAGAACAUGGGGGACUUCGAGCAGGUGCAGGAGUCCUGCGUGAAGCUGUACGACGUGGGCAGGAAGAGGGACCACGACGACGACGCGGAGGAGGAGGAGGAAGACGAGCUCGCUGGGGGCUCCGAGAACGAUGAUGGAUCAGACUCGGGCUCGGACAACGAUGAUGACUUAGCUUCGAGUCUUAUUCGUAAUGCUGUGAUGGGUCUGGCUGAGGGUUCGGGGUCCGGGAGUGGUUCCGGCUCAGACUCGGACAGAGACCGGAAUGAUAGAGGACCCAGGACUAGGAGACGAGCUGGCAGGAGGGCAGCGGAGGAAGCGAGCAGUGACAGCGAUGGAGACAUUGACUUUGAGAAUAUCAUAGAAUUUGAAUACUGAGAACAAUGACAUGGAGUGUAGUGUAAAUAUAUACGAUUUAUAUAA